ACGAACAGAAGAAGCAGACAAAGAGAGAGGGAUCAUCUAGAGAGAGAGAGAGAGAGAGAUGGGAAUGAGAGAUGAGAAGAGGUUUAUGUUUCUCAUCUUUCUUCUUCUGCUGUUUGUUGCAAGCUUGCUUUUCUAUCUUUGGGGGAACGCAGUUCAUCAACGGAGCACCAUUAAGUCACUGCAGACUCAGUCUAAUAGAGACCGUAUAGAGCUGAACAAUAUGUUAAGGAGAGCUUCCAUGGAAGAUAGGACUGUAAUCCUGACCACCAUUAACAAAGCAUAUGCAGGUCCUGGUUCUAUCCUAGACCUCUUCCUUGAGAGCUUCCAUAUUGGUGAAAGGACCAAAGGCCUUUUGAAUCACCUGCUAAUCUUAGCAAUGGAUCAGGAGGCUUUUGAUAGGUGCAAGGCUAUACACCCUCACUGCUACCCCCUCACUACAACUGGUGUUGAUUUUAGUGCUGAGAAACAGUUCAUUACUAGAGAUUAUUUCAAGCUCAAGUGGAAGAGGAUUGAGAUCUUGCGAACCAUCCUUGAAUUGGGCUACAGUUUCAUCUUCACGGAUGCAGAUGUGAUGUGGUUAAGAAAUCCAUUUCUACACUUCAGCCCCAGCGGCAAGUUUCACAUUGCCUAUGACUAUCACAUAGACAAUCCAACAGAGAUAAGGAAUGACAUCAAUGGAGGAUUCAACUAUGUUAGAUCAGACGCCGUAUCAAUUGAGUUCUUCAGAUACUGGCAUAUGUCGAAGGUUUUGUAUCCGGGGUAUAGUGAUCAAUCUGUCUUACAAAUCAUAAGAAAUGAUAUGGUCAAUGCACAGAUGAUAGGUUUGGGGUUUAAGUAUCUAGACACAAGCUACUUUGGGGGAUUUUGUGAGCCAAGUGAAGAUAUGAACAAGGUAUGCACAAUGCGUGCAGACUGCUGUGAAGGCAUUGAAAGGAAGUUCCAUGACCUCAAACUUGUUCUUGAAGACUGGAGGAACUUCACUAAAUUGUCAACUGAGGAGAAAAGAUUGUGGGCAUCUUCUUCUUCAACUUCUCCCUGGAGAGCUCCAAGUUUAUGCAAAAGUUAACAUUUAUUUCUCUUUUGAGUAUGUUUUCAUUAAGGACUUGCAUCAAUAAUUGGUUUAGUUCGAGCAAUUCUAGCUCUGAACCAGAUGCCUGGAUCAUCCAAUUAGACUAAUAACUGGGUUACAAAGCAGCCAUAUGAACAUUCCAAUUUAAGGUCUAAUACUGGGCAACUUUUCACAA